UAAGGGAUUCUGCUGCUUAGAAGCAGUCAGUUGGAGGUAGUGAGAAUACUUGCUUUGAAACGCUUUUUUCUUAACGUUUUGAAUUUGUUGUGGGUAGUUGUUUUAAUAGCUAAUUUCUUUACAAACCGAGUGAAACAUCUUCCGAAAUAGAGCAGCUUUUUCGCCACGAUUUUUAUGACGUCACGCCACCCUCAGCUUUGCUUUACAUUUGAAGCUUAGAGAAGCACGGGGUGAACUUUUCUCGCGAAACAUUACAAAAACAGCGCGUGUGCUGUGCUAAAUGGCUCAGAUGAGGGCUGAAGGGACUGAACACGGUUCAUAUCAGUCUGAAUCCAAACAAAGCGACUCUUGGACCAGCUUGAAGGGACAAGCCGCGGAAGACCCCAAACGGGAACCGGGUGUCAACAACGAGGACAAACCAGCCGAGGACUGCGGCAGUUGUACGGCAGCGGGGCCCGGGCACAACCCGCCGCCCUUUUCUGACAUGGACGGGGAAGGUACGUCGCCUCACAGCAAGCCGGGCAACAACGAUGUGGAAGGUGGCUUUAAACUCGGCGAACCUGGAGAAAGCCCUGCGCAGGGUAGUCUGGCGAGCAGCACAGACUCCGCACAAGAGGGCUCGCGAGUGCUGAAAGCAGAACAAAGAGAAGCGGAGAACGUGUGCAGCUCAGCGCCUCGCGGCUGCACAAAGCCCGCGGGAAAGGCCGAACACGCGGCCAGGAGGUGGGUCGGUGUGGAGUUGAACUCCGUGGAAGGAGAGCCGCUCAGCCGCAUGGACUCUGAGGACAGUUUCUGCUCCACCCUGAUGGACAUAGAGAGCACUGCAUCCAGCGGUCGUUCGACUCCUGCCAUGCUCAAUGGUCACAGUGGGGGGGCAGCGGCAGUAGCAGGCUCUGGACCUGCUGUGAGCAAAUCUCUGAACUACACCUGCUGCUGGGAUGACUGCCAGCUGCUGUUCUCCAGCAGCCCUGACCUGGCUGAACACAUCCGAGCCAUGCAUGUGGAUGGACAGAGAGGAGGGGUGUUUGUGUGCCUGUGGAAGAACUGCAAGGUGUACAACACUCCGUCCACCAGUCAGAGUUGGCUGCAGAGACACAUGCUGACCCACAGCGGAGACAAGCCCUUCAAGUGUGUGGUUGGCGGCUGCAAUGCCACUUUUGCCUCACAGGGGGGGCUGGCACGCCACGUCCCCACCCACUUUAGUUCCCAAGGUUCUUCCAAAACAUCCAGUCAGGGCAAAGUGAAGGAGGAAUCUCCAUCCAAGGCUGGUCUGAUCAAGAGGAGGAAACUCAGGAACAAAUAUAGACGCUCACUGCCUCGACCUCAUGACUUCUUUGAUGCACAAACCAUGGAGGCCAUCCGGCAUCGAGCCAUAUGUCUCAACCUGGCAACACACAUUGAGAGCCAGGGCAACGGACACAGUGUGGUCUUCCACAGCACGGUUAGUUCUCUCUCUGUCUCAGAGCAGGAUACCACAGCUCUGAACCCACCUCUGCUCUCUUUUGGUUUCCAGGUGAUAGCCAGGAGGAAAGAGGAUUCUGGGAAAGUGAAGGUGCUGCUGCACUGGACACCUGAAGACAUACUGCCUGAUGUGUGGGUGAAUGAGAGCGACAGACUGCAGCUGAAGACCAAGGUGGUUCAUCUGUCCAAGCUGCCCACAGACACAGCUGUCCUCCUGGCCCCCAACAUUUACAGGAUGUUCUUCUGAUGAAUCCAACUUUGCUGAAAUUCCAGGGGAAGACAUUUCUGCUCAGCUCUAUGUGAAGUUUCCUCUUCAUCCAAGAGGAUCUUAGGAAUUUAGUAACUUGUCUCCGUGGCUUUUUUUGGCCACCAGUAUUAUUAGGUGCAGUUUGUAGAAAGCAUGUUGCUUGUUUUAGGUAACACAGCUAGAGUGAAAAACAAAUGAACUGCAUCUAUAGAGGCAGUUGUAAAUAUAUAAGAUUUGUAAUAUAUUUUUAUACACUUUUUGUACUCCCAUGUAGCUGAUGCAAAUCUUUUUAAUAAAAGUCUCAAAAUGA